AUGGCACUCUGGCUCUUACUAGAGCGAGGCAGCUAUAACCGCCAUUUGGUAAACAAAAUCUUAUCUCUACCUGGUUCACUGAUCAACUCGCUAGUGGAUGAGACAGCCAAGUGCUUGAAAUGCACCGAGGGUGAUAGGUUUGUGUUUGAUGGAAAAGAAAAUGAUAUCCCUUUGAUGCAAAACUUGUUGGGGAGAGAGAUAAAUCUCCGGUACUUUCACGAAAACCGGAUUUGGGUUCUUCGUGGGGUGACGAAGAUCGUGAACGAAGUCUGUAUCAGAGCAUUUGACGAGAUAAUGAGAUCGGCUUUUAGGAACAACUCUUUUUUUAGUGUUCCAUUCUAUCAUCAUGGUAGAUUUGGAAGUGGAACAAGCAAUGUUGCACUACCGGUGGUGGUUAAUUGUGGCGGCGUUGGAUCGGAGAAAAUUGAAGGAAACCCUAAUCAGAUAGGGAGUGGAGUGAGUGUGCACGGUGGUUAUGAUAGUUAUGAUCAGACAAACCAAGGACAGAUUUUGAAUAAUGAACUGAGAGAGUUGUUUGGAAGAAUUAGCAUUCUUGUCAAUGAGGAAGAGAAGGAAGUUCCUCCCGAUGAUAGAACUAUCUUCUUGACUUUCUCUAAAGGGUACCCCACAUCUGAAACUGAAGUCAGAGACUUCUUCACAAGAUCUUGUGAGAAUUAA